UUCAUCUGCUGAAUUUUCUGCACAUGAAGAGAUAAGACCACGGGCACCAGAAAGCUCUGCAUUUUGCUCUGUUCGAUCAAGAAAAGGGAGCACGCGUACACCACCGAGAGAAUAGAACCAGGAGGCUAGCUUCAAAGAUGGCGGCCGAGGCGCUGGUGAGCGUUUCCACUGGGGUGAUGAACUCUGUCUUAGAGAAGCUAGCCACUUUAAUGGGGGAGGAGUACACCAAGCAUAAGAGCAUGCAGCGAGAGGUGGCGUUUCUCAAGGAUGAGCUCGGCAGCAUGGACGCUGUCCUCAAGAAGCUCGAGAGCAUAGAAGAGGAGCUGGAUCCACAGACCAGGGAGUGGAAGAACCAGGUGAUGGAAAUGGCAUUCCACAUCGAGGACUGCAUCGACAACUUUAUGCACGAAUCUGGUGAGGAUUCUAACAGAGGAGGUGUUGGCUUUGUUGGCAAAAUUGCUCAGUACAUCAACGCAUUGAGAACGCGUCACCAAUUUGCCAACCAAAUCCAGCAGCUGAAGACGUUGGUCAAAGAUGUGAGCGAACGUCGGAAAAGGUAUAAGCUCGAUGAGUGUGCCUCUAGUUCUAGCUAUGUAGCUGUAGAUCCACGGGUGCCAGCCCUCUACACAGAGGCGGCCAACCUUGUUGGCAUGGAGGGUCCAAAAGAGGAUCUUAUCAAGUUGUUGAUGGCCGAGGAGGCUGAAUCUGUCCAGCCUCUUAGAGUGGUGUCUAUUGUUGGGUUUGGGGGUCUAGGAAAAACCACACUUGCAAAUCAAGUAUACCAUGAGCUUGGAGGGCAAUAUGACUGCAAGGUUUUCGUGUCAAUAUCACAAAGACCUAAUAUGAUGAAGCUUCUCGGUAGGAUCAUCAAAAAACUUAAGAUGCCACAAGCAACCCAUACUGACGAGGUGCAAGAUCUCAUUGACAGCAUCAGAGAAUAUCUAAGAGAAAAAAGGUACUUUUUCGUCAUUGACGAUAUAUGGGACGAAUCAGUAUGGGGAAUUAUUCGUUGUGCGUUCCCAGAGAACCAACAAGGUAGCAAAGUUAUCACAACCACAAGAAUUGAGAUGGUAGCUAAAGCAACCUGCAACUUUCAGCAUGAGUUUGUUUACAAGAUGAGUCCUCUUGAUGAUCAAAACUCAAGAAAAUUAUUUUUCAGUAGAGUUGGACAGGUUGAUCUUCAGCCACUAGAAGAGAUUUCAAUCGAAAUUCUAAAAAAAUGUGGUGGUCUCCCGCUAGCCAUUGUCAGUAUAGCUAGUCUUUUGGUCAGUCAGCCAACUAGAUCAGUGACACAAUGGAAGUAUGUGUGCAAUUCUUUAAGCUCAAAUUUGAGAACAAACCCAACUUUGGAGGGGAUGAGACAAGUAUUGAACCUUAGCUAUAACAAUCUUCCUCAUCGUCUCAAAACAUGCUUGUUGUAUAUCGCCAUGUAUCCAGAGGAUUACAUUAUAGUAAAGGCUGAUCUUUUAAGGCAAUGGGUGGCUGAAGGUUUCAUCCAUAAAGUACAUGGCCAGGAUACAAAUAAGGUUGCUGAAAGUUACUUUAAUGAGCUUGCCAAUAUGAACAUGAUCCAACCUACAAACAUUUGGUACGAUGGACAGGUCAUAGAGUGUAAAGUUCAUGAUAUGAUUCUUGAUCUAAUCAGACUCAAGUCGGAAGAACAGAAGUUUCUUAGUGUGGUAGAGAACCUACAGGGCAUGAUCCCAGCAUUGCAGAGCAAGGUUCGUCGAAUUUUCCUUCAGUUGGAUUGUGGAGCUAAUGAAUGCAUAGUACAAGCAAGUUUAAGCAUGCCAUAUAUUCGAUCUCUUGCUCUUUUUGGCAAGUCUCCUUUCAAGUUCUCUAUGUAUGAACUCAAGUCCAUCCGAGUUCUGAACGUGCAUUAUGAGGGUGGUCUCAUUGCUGAUAGGAUUGACCUCACACCAAUCUCUAACUUGUUUCAUCUCAGAUAUUUAAGCAUCAAUUCGGAAACCAAGAAGAAAUAUAUGAGCAUCAGCAGCCAGAAGGAAAAGAUGCCAAUCCUUAUUCUGCCAACCCUAAUUGGGGACCUGAAACAUUUGGAGACGCUGGAAUCAUGUAUGGAUAUUACUGCCAUGCCAUGUGACAUUGUUCAUUUGCCUUGCUUGAUGUAUCUACAUGUUCCUAUGGGAACAAGGCUACCUGAUGGAAUUCGUAGGAUGAAGGCCCUACGUACUCUGGUGAACUUUGAUGUGCACAUGAACUCGGUGGGUAAUUUAACAGGUCUCAGUGAACUUACAAAUCUCGAGUUUCUUGAUUUUUGCUGCGAUGGUGCUGAACGUACCACUAGCCAACAUGCAAUUCUUAUGGAUAUUUUCUGGUGUUCCGUUGUCAAACUUAUCAGGUGCAAUCUGAAACAUCUUUGCUCCAGUAGUAACAUAUUUUGUCCUCCAUCUGUUGAGUUGGCUUCUCUGGUCACAAGCAAUACUGAGAGGAAUCUUGAGUCACUCCAUGUUGCAGCAACUUGGACAUUCCCGAGGGUUCCGAUUUGGACCGGUCAGCACCGAAAGCUCUCGCAGUUGGGAAUUGCUGUUGAGAGGCUGAUGCAGGAGGACAUUGAUUUGCUCGCAAAGUUACCUAAUCUACUGUACCUGUGGUUGUGGAUACGAAACUCCCCGGAAAUAAGGAUUACAGUCCGUGGUGGUGAGGUGACAUUCCAGGUUCUCAAAUUUUUUAGAAUCACGAGCUUCGCCCCGUGUCUAACUUUUAUGGUAGGGGCAAUGCCCAAACUCCAAAAGUUGAAUCUGCAAGCGCAUGAGCACGGGGUGGAGCGUCACGGCCCCUCAACAGUUGAGGGCGUGGAGCACCUGCUGAAACUCAAGCAAGUCGACAUUGAUAUUUACUUUGAGGGAGCUGAUACAGAGUCACAAAGAAGGGCUGCCGGCGCGGAGGCUAUCUUGAUGAAUGCCAUCAGCGUCUAUCCAGGACACCCGAGCAUCAAGAUCAGGCUUCAAAGUAACAUGGAACACUAUUUUAAAAUUUCCAGUGGCAGUUCAGAGGGGGGCGAAGAGGUGGCAAGGCAACCGAACGAUGCAGUCGAUGGAUCAACCACCACUGAUGGAUAAACAUGAUUACAAGAAAUUCAUGGUAGGGCGGGGAAGCCGCACACAACCAACAUGAUUGGUACAAUAGUCAAGAUCCAUGGCUCUACAGUUUUCACACUAUACAUCCAAUGAGUCAUUCCAAGUGUUGACCAUUUGGAUCAAAGCAUAGAGACUGGUGUUGUGCCGUCUUCCUGAUGCUCUAUUUCAACCAGCAGUGGUGGAGAGAUGCGCGAGCAGUGGCCUGCCGCCUGACGAAACUGAAGAAGAUAACAGAGCAUUGGGUAACAGCACCGUGUCGGCUUAAUUUGGUUAUUAACAGAGCAUUGGGUAAAAUUGCACCGCUAAUGCCAGUUUACUAUAGCUAUUUGGAAGAAUUGUACUGGACUUGGUACCCAUGUAAAAUUACUACAGUUCUAGUGUGAAGAAUUAUUCUACUUUUUCUUUA